UGCGCCCGCUCCCGCCGGGGGCUCGUCGCUGCGCGGCCGGGCCAUGGGGGAGGCCGAGGUGGGCGGUGGUGGCGCGCCGGGCGACAAGGGGCCGGGUGAGGCGGCCACCAGCCCAGCCGAGGAGACGGUGGUGUGGAGCCCCGAGGUGGAGGUGUGCCUCUUCCACGCCAUGCUGGGUCACAAGCCCGUCGGUGUGAACCGACACUUCCACAUGAUCUGUAUCCGGGACAAGUUCAGCCAGAACAUUGGUCGGCAGGUCCCAUCUAAGGUCAUCUGGGACCAUCUGAGCACCAUGUAUGACAUGCAGGCGCUGCACGAAUCUGAGAUUCUUCCAUUCCCAAACCCAGAGAGGAACUUUGUCCUUCCGGAAGAAAUCAUCCAUGAAGUCCGAGAAGGAAAAGUGGUCAUUGAAGAGGAAAUGAAGGAGGAAAUGAAGGAAGAUGUGGACCCCCACAACGGGGCAGACGAUGUUUUUUCAUCUUCAGGAAGCUUGGGGAAAGCAACAGAAAAGUCCAGCAAAGACAAGAACCCUUCGGACUUGGGGUCGAAGGAAGGGGCAGACAAGCGGAAGCGCAGCCGGGUCACCGACAAAGUCCUGACGGCAAACAGCAACCCCUCCAGUCCCAGCGCUGCCAAGCGGCGCCGAACGUAGUCGUGGCUCGGCCAUGGCAGGUGGCCCGGGGCACCACUGUCACCCAGCUGGACACCCGCCACCUGCCCUCAGGCCCACUGCGACCACCUGCGGCUCCGGGGGCCAGCUCAGGUGCGGAGAGCCGUGAGUCAGGCGUCCAGGGCCCCCCCCCACCCCACGCCACCGGGUGAGCUCCAGCCAUGCUGGCCGCCGGCCGUGCCGUGGUCCGGGCUCCACAGAGCAGAGCGCGGGGCUCGGGCAGGACAGCUGGAGUGGCAGGCAGGGUGCCUGCUGUGUCCCUGGGGAACGCUGGUCUUGCUGGGCAACUCGGCUCUUCCCAUCUGCCUGUGUGUCCGUCAGCCACUCUUCCUAAACCGGCAGCCCCCUCGGGAGAAAGAGACUCAGGCCACCUGCCUUCCGGCGCCUGCGCCAGAGAAAUCGAGAACUGGAUAUUUUGCCUCAUUCACUUGUACUGUAACGAUGUAUAUAAUUUGGUGGUAUUUCACUAUUUAAUUUUUAAGAAGCCUAUUUUACUAGUAUUUUAUAUGAAAAAAAUAUUGAAGUUAAACCUGUGUUGUAUUUUUCCUGAGAUGCUUUGUGUUAGGUAGUGAUUACUGACGCUUUCUGCUCGGUUUUUAUAUGCCGGAAACAGAGUUUGUAGGGCUAUUUUUCUAUCUCCCUGUAACUUGUAAACAGACCAAAUGAGUGCGUGGAGGGAGGUGCACGGCCAGGGCGACAGAUGCUUUCGUUUGAGCGCCAACCAUUAAAGCACAAAAGAAGCA